GACCUUUUAUCAGAACCGUGAAGAUGACACAACAUUGGUCAAUGGUAGAAUAUGAUCGAUUGCAAGUUAAUAGCUAGUUGAAUUUUUUUAAAGUUUAAACAUAGUAAAAUAUAGAAUUCUUUUAAACCUUAUAUUAAUUGUAUAGUUCAUUAGACGCAAUUUAUAAAUUAAUAUAAUUAAAAUUUAUGGGUGUUCUCUAAAUCAAUUUAUUAUAAUUACUUUAAAAAUUAUACUACAAUAAAAAUGGUAUUUAUGACGUGGUUCGAGAUCCUUGAUGGGCAGAUUGACCCAGACUGGAGGACUAAAGAUUGGCCUAUGAUGUCGACAACUGCAAUCCCUGUAUUAUUAGCUGUAAUAUAUAUUAUUUUUGUCAAAUUUGUUGGUCCAAACUAUAUGGCAAAUAAAAAGCCUUACAUCCUUCGAAAAGUUUUAGCAAUCUACAACACGGCACAAAUAUUGGCUUGUAUAUAUCUUACUGUGGAGUAUUUCAAAACAAAACCAAAAAUGGGGUGUGAUCCAUUAGACGUGUCUGAUGAUCCAACAGCAUUAUACGCAGCAAAACUAGUAUGGUGGACGACAAUUUUAAAAUUAUCUGAAUUCAUUGAGACUGUUUUCUUUGUACUUCGAAAAAAACAAAAUCAAGUUUCUGCACUUCACAUAUACCAUCACAUAACAACUUUUUUUUUAAUAUGGAUUGCCACAAGAAUAAACCCAGGUGGUAUUGUACGAAUACCAGUUAUGUUAAACAACACGGUUCACAUGGUUAUGUAUUCAUAUUACUUAUUAUCAUCUAUGGGUCCAGGAAUACAAAAUAAAAUUGACAGUUACAAAAAGUACAUUACUAUUAUACAAAUGGUACAAUUUUGUAUUUUGAUCGUUAACUCAAUAUUUUAUUUGACUCCUAGCUGCCAAGUACCUAAUAUUUACGGAUUAAUAUUCAUACCUAAUGUUUUUAUUGUAUUUUAUAUGUUCUACGACUUUUAUCGAAAAUCAUAUAUUAAAAAAAAACCUGUAGACCGUCGCAAUAGUACGAGUAUAAAAAUUAGCAAUAAUAAUAAUAACAACAAUAUUAAGAUUAAAGGAAAACAUUAAAAAUGAUUAUUUAUAACAUAAAGUUAAUUAGGAAUAAUUGUUCAUUUUAGUAUAAUAUGUAGUUGAGAGGCAUUAUAUCGUAAAACUUUUAAGUUUUACAUGCUAUACCUAUUCUUUAAUAAGUUCAAUUAAAUUAUUAUAAAUGUAUAACUUUAUAAAGUUCUAUAACUAUUAUUUAACAAUUUAUGUAUCAUCAUCAUUAUUUAUUAUCGCUAUUUUCUAAAAUAAACAUAAUUUAAUAAUUUAACUAUAAUUUAUCUAUUUUAUAAAUUAUUUAUAAGUAUAAUGACUACAUGGAUAUAUUUAUUAAAAUUAUAAUUAAUUCAUUAAACGUAUUAAGUAAAAUUCUAUGUAAUUUUUAUAUAAUACUUCUUCAAAUUAAUUAUUUAUCUACUGCACUUAGGGGUUUUACAAAAAAAUUAAAAAUGUUUGUGUAAUAAUAAUUCAACAUGAAUAUAUUUACUGGCUAUUUAUAUAUUUUAAAUUAAAACAUAAAUGUGAUUUUAAUUAUAAAACUAAACUAUUUAUUAAUAGAAAUAUUUUAAAACCAUGUAUCAUUCUUGUAGGGUUCAUUUGUAAUAAAUAGUUUACAACUAUUCCGUUAUUAUAUUUAUUAUUAUUCUGUUUUCUGUGUAAUAUUGUGCUAGUAUUAAUAUAAAUUAGUUAUUAAAAUAUUUUAAGUUGCAUAUUUAAAUUAUUAUUUUAACUAUUAUAUUUGCUGUAUAUAAUUUUGAUUUUAGUAAUAAUAAAUGUUAUACGCCUAUAUACGUUA